UUGAAUUUUGUUAUUUUGGGGAAAUGAAACCCAUGUUCUUUGAAAAUUAUUACUGUGUCCUCAUGCUUGACCGGCUCGGUCCCUCACACAUGGUGUCAGGAAUGGGAUUUGCCAGUUGAGGACACAGUUUUUUUUGUUUUUGGCAGUUUUCUUAAGCCCAGUUUUUGUUUUGUUUUUUUGCUUUUUUGAUUCUCCAUGUUUUUCCCUUUUUGAUCAUGCACCGCGGAGCCAGGAAAAACAAACCAGAGACUCAACUAACAGAGGAACCAUGUGCUGGAGACGAGGAAAUGGAGGCUGGAGCUUCGACAAUGGCAGCAGACACUGGGGGUGAAGAUGAUAAAGAACCAACACUGAGAGACCUGACUGGGAUUUUGCAGGCGUUCAUGGGCCAGCAGGAGGCACGGGAGGUAAAAUUAAACCAAAAAUGUGAGAUACAGGAACAGCGGUUUAAAGCCUUAAAACAUCAGUUUCAGCUACUACAAAUGGAAGUGCAGGCCUGCACAUCUCCACUCCCUGAACCCUCUUCAACUAAUCCAGAAACACAGGAGGAUGACUAUGAAGUUGUUCAGUGGGCCCAGGUUAUAUCUGCACCAGUCAAUAUAUCUUCAGAAUUGCAGCUGCCUGUAGAUGGCCAAAAGCAGACUGGGUUUUUCGGCCUUUUCCUCUCCUUACGGGUAUAUAAACUAUUGGGGAUUAGAAGUGUGAGGACCACCCCAUACCAUCCCCAAACAGAUGGGUUAACAGAGCGGUUUAACCAGACCCUGAAACAAAUGCUUCGUCAGUUUGUGGAUGAAACGGGCUCUGACUGGGAUCAGUGGUUGCCCUACCUCCUUUUUGCUUAUAGGGAAGUUCCCCAGGCCUCCAAUGGGUUCUCACCUUUUGAACUCCUAUAUGGUUAUGAGAGCGCUGGCGACACUUCUGACGGUCAGCGCGACGCCUCACCUCCUGCUUCUGAGGGUCAGCCAGAUGCCUCUGCUUCAGUUAAGUCUACUGAGGGUCCGCAUGACGCUUCAACUCCAGCUCCAUCUAUUGAGGGUCAAUGCGACGUUCCAGCUAAGUCUACUGAGGGCCUCCUCUUCUUGAAUUCUAUGAGGGGCUCGAGGGCAAACCGCCUCCUCUUCCUGAGUUACGUGAGCGGUUCGAGGAUUCCGGUUCCUGACGCCAGUCCCAGUUCUGUCUGGGGGAAAGGGGUCGGAGGGGGUUGCGUCUUCUUCUUGGCUGUGGGUGAUGUGGUGUGUCUGUGUGGUUGCGGGGGCGGGGUGGAGGAUGCCAGGGACGCCAGCCUCGAGUGCUUCCCGCUGGCCUGGGACCUCUUGCCGGAUCUGACCGGCAUCCUCCCCACCAUCAGAGCCAGCUUACCACCAGGUACCACCACAUGCGGACAGAUCAGAUGA